AAAAGGAUGGAGUCUGUAUUAUUACCUCAACUUUUCUGAAAUAAAAGAAUAAAGUACCAUGAGCGAUAACACAUAUGACCUUGACGCGAGUGGUGGCAAAUUUUAAAAAGCAGAUUUUGAGGGCGUAGCUGUAGUUACUUUCUCAGUGCUGUUGCGCUGUUUGCGUGGUCUCAAAUGAAUCUAAGGACACGCACAGUUUUCGGUUGUUUACCCAAGUGGCACUACAAAAUAGUGUUGAGCAGGUCUUACAAAGCUAAAAAUGAGCCCGUUUUAUUACAUAAACCUGGCAGUAAUGAGCGUCAAAAAUUGGACGCUACACUGCAUACUAUGAUUUCCAAAGCUCCGUAUAACGUGCCUAUUUGUAUUGAUUCGCAAGAGGAAUCAUCAAAAGAACUUCGAAAACAAGUUUUGCCAUUUGAGCAUUCGAAAACGCUGGCGAAUUUCUACUAUGGUUCAGAAGAACAAAUUAAACGCGCGAUUGAAUCGUGUCUUGCAGCUCGCCGGAGUUGGUCUCGCACCAGUUUUGAUGAACGUGCUAAAAUAUUCCUAAGAGCAGCUGACCUUGUUGGUGAUAAACGCCGAAUGGAAUUAUUAGCUUCAACCAUUCUCGGUCAGGCAAAAACUAUUUUCCAAGCAGAAAUAGAUGCAGCUGCGGAGUUGGCUGAUUUUUUGAGGUUUAAUGUACAGUUUGCUUCAGAAGCCCUGGCAUACAAACCAAUUAAUACUGAGGAUGCAAGAAACGAAGUUGUGUAUCGACCAACUGAAGGUUUCUGGGCUGCAAUACCACCAUUCAACUUUACUGCCAUCGCUGGUAAUCUGGCUAGUGCACCAGCCUUAAUGGGCAAUGUUGUGAUUUGGAAACCUUCUGAUACAGCAGUUUAUUCAAAUUAUCUUGUCUACAGAUUAUUCCGUGAGGCUGGUUUGCCACCUGGUGUGAUUAACUUUGUGCCGGCUGAUGGUCCUACAUUUGGUAGGGUAGUGUGUGAACACCCUCAACUUGCAGGUAUAAACUUUACCGGUAGCACCAAAACAUUCCGAUCUAUCUUGAAAGUGAUUGGUAACAAUCUAGACAAGUACACUGGAUAUCCAAGAACUAUAGGUGAAUGUGGUGGCAAAAAUUAUCACUUUCUUCAUCCAUCUGCUAAUUUAGAAGAAGCUGCUGUAGGCACUAUUCGUAGUUCAUUUGAAUACUCUGGACAAAAGUGUAGUGCAUGCAGUCGUCUCUAUGUACCAGAGAGUUUAUGGGAAAAAUUUAAAGGCCUACUUCUCAGUCACUAUAAACAAUUAAAAGUUGGGUCGCCGCUUGAUUCAGAUACAUUCACUUCGGCUGUUAUAGAUCAAAAUGCAUUCAAAAAAAUUUCUAGUUACCUACAAUAUGCAUCUAGUUGUGCAGAUAUUGAAGUUAUUGCUGGCGGUCAUGGGAAUGAUAAAGUUGGCUAUUUUAUUGAACCUACAAUAUUAAAAACCAAGAAUCCAACGGAUAAAUUAAUGAAGGAUGAUAUUUUCGGACCAAUUGUAUGUGCAUACGUGUAUCGUGACAAUGAAGUCGAUAAAACAUUAGACUUGGUCAACACAACCACAGAGUAUGCAUUGACUGGUGAGUGA